ACAUAAAAAUACAAAAACCUAUUUACUUUGUCUCUGAACCCAGCUUCUUGUUGUGAUCUCAUUCUUCCACACCACACUCCCUCUCUGUGCUCCUAUUCCUACUUAUUGAAUAUUGAUAACUCGCGUUUGUGUGGUUUACGGGUCGGGUUGUGGGUCGGUCGGGUCUAUUUGAUUUCCACUUAACUCCUGCUUAUUGAUAACCACCGCCAUCCCACCUUCACAACUUCCCUUCGAUUCUCACGACCAACUGAACCACCGGAACUUCAAAUGGCGGAACCUUCUACCACCUCUCCUCCACCACCGCCGCCGUCGACUAAGAGCUGGGCCGACCAAGCUGAAGAAGAAACCAAUCCAUCCUCAACCUCCGCCGCAGAGCCCUCGACUCCGUCGCUCGACGAAUUAGCAAUCGACGACAACAACAAUCCUCAUAAGUUAUUGGACGAUCCCGAUGACUCCAACAUUCAAGCGGUUACCUCCGGUGACACACCGUAUACGUCCGCGGCAACGUUCGAAGAUCUUUCCCUCUCGCCGGAGCUUCUGAAGGGUCUCUAUGUGGAGAUGAAGUUUCAAAAACCUAGUAAAAUACAAGCUAUAAGCUUGCCGAUGAUUCUUAACCCUCCACAUAGGGAUUUGAUUGCACAGGCACAUAAUGGUUCUGGGAAAACCACUUGUUUCGUGCUUGGGAUGCUUAGUCGUGUUGAUCCUAACUUGCAAGCUCCUCAAGCUCUCUGUAUUUGCCCCACUAGAGAGUUAGCUAUUCAGAAUGUUGAGGUUCUCCGUAAGAUGGGAAAGUACACGGGGAUUAGUUCAGAAUGUGCAGUUCCGAUGGACAGCAGGGAUUCAACUCCAAUAUCGAAACGGGCGCCUAUUAUGGCUCAGGUGGUUAUUGGUACUCCUGGCACAAUUAAGAAAUGGAUGACUUAUAAGAAACUUGGGGUGACGAGAUUGAAGAUUCUCGUUUUUGAUGAGGCUGAUCAAAUGCUUGCUGAGGAUGGAUUUAAAGAUGAUUCUCUGAGGAUAAUGAAAGAAAUAGAAAAAUUCAAUUCAAACUGUCAGGUUCUUCUGUUUUCUGCUACAUUUAAUGACACUGUCAAGAAUUUCGUUACAAGGAUUGUUGAGAAGAAGGAGCAUAAUAAACUUUUUGUGAAGAAAGAGGAUCUAUCUUUAGAUGCAGUGAAGCAGUACAAAGUGCGUUGUCCUGAUGAACUCGCUAAGAUUGAAGUGAUAAGAAGUUAUAUAUUUGAAAUAGGAGAGAAUGUGGGGCAAACUAUUAUAUUUGUGCGCACUAGAAAUAGUGCAAAAAUGUUGCAUAAAGCUCUUGUUGAUUUAGGCUAUGAGGUUACUUCCAUACAAGGUGCUCUUGAACAUGAAGAAAGAGACAAGAUCGUCAAAGAGUUCAAAGAUGGUUUGACUCAGGUUCUUAUAUCAACUGACGUCCUUGCCCGUGGAUUUGAUCAGCAACAGGUUAAUUUGGUUAUCAACUAUGAUCUUCCACUGAAGUACGCUGCUGAGUACAUCCGUGGCCGUGAUCCUGAGCCUGAUUUUGAGGUGUAUUUGCACAGGGUUGGUCGGGCUGGGCGAUUUGGGCGCAAGGGGGCUGUAUUUAACCUGCUAUGCGAUGAAAGGGAUGAAAAGCUCAUGUCAAAGAUUGAAAACCAUUUUGGCACCCACGUAAAAGAGGUACGAGAAAAAAGUGUCGAAGACUAUAAAGCUGCUCUUAAGGAAGCUGGUUUGCUCGUGUGAAUCUCCAAAAGUUGAAGGAUGUUGAUAGUUGUGUUGGACUCCUAAAGAUUGACCAUAUCUAUGAUGCUUUAAUGAAUUAAUUUACAUGGAUACACGUGGAUCAUGGUUUUUAAGUUUUGGGCAUGCUCUUCAGUUUUUAUUUAUGAUGCAACGUGAUGGAUUUCUUAUUCUUGUACCUCUGAGUGUAGAAAAUUCCUUUGUCUCGGAUGAUUCAUAAUAAUUACUUUGGGAGCUGCUUUAAGAGAGUAAAUUAUGGUAUCUUUAAUUUCGAGUUCAAAUGCGUAUACCAAA